GAUAUUAUAUGCUCUACUUAAGUUUUUAUUUUGUCUUGAUAUGAUGCUGUUUUAAUAGACUUAUCCUUGGUUUCUACAUGACAAUAUACACACUUUCUUUGUUCUAAUAAAAAAAAUAAACUUGUGAGGGUUCAAAAAACAAUGGACGGGACAAGCGAUUAUCAAUAUUUGUGCCGCUUGUGUCAUGGGGAGUUCUGUUCUGCUCACGAAGCCACCUCAUGUCGUCUAUGUUCUUAUCCGUACAUUUACGAGAUCGAAAGCAUUACAUUCUACUUGAGGGAUAGUGACAACCAUAAAAAAACAGGAUUGGUAGCUUGGCGAUGGCGAUCGAGGAAUCAUCAUCCAGAAAGAGAAUCAUCUUUUAUACCCCAACAACCGGGAGUUGUGAUCCGUCUAAGACGGGAUCGUAUAAGUUGGGUUUCACCCCUAGCCUCUACGGUAGGGGGUACAUCCCAUCAGCUUCAAUCCACGGUCGAAAACAUUACACAUUGCAAUGAAUGGUAUUGGUGUUACCAAUGUAAUAAACCACACACGUUAGACUCUAACGUCGUCGUUUCAUCUUCUUCGCUUCCCGAAAUCAUACAAUGUCAUCAAAAUCCAACCCAUAGAACAAUCAGAUUCACCGACGCGCUUAGCUACAACAGCUUGAAUGAUUGUCAUUGGUGCUAUCGAUGUGAACGACCUCAUUUUCCGAUCCCAGCCCCCUAUUUUUCUUUGUGUAGCUGCGAGGGCGAUGAGUCAAGGACACCGAUUCAAUUUCAAAAAACUGUCAUCAUUUAUCAGGAUGCAGAUAGAGAAAUAUUUGAGCGCCUUGUUACUCUUCUUUUGAAACCGUCGGUGUUUGAAGUUAUCGAUGCGGUCGGCAGACGUGAUCUGAACCAUAUUGUAACAUAUGAGAGUGAUGAUGAGACAUAUAAAAAGGAGAUAAUUAUGGGUUUAAUACCAAGGGUGAGAAUACAUGAUUUGACAAGGUGUGGGGAAUGCAGAAUAUGUUUGGAAGAGUUUGAGGUUGGAGAUGAAGGAAGUGAGUUACCUUGCAAGCACAUAUAUCACAAAGAAUGUCUUGCUCCAUGGAUGAUAAAGAACUACUCUUGUCCUGUUUGUAGAUGUGAUUUGCGUUUACCUACAGAAACUAGUACGGCUGCUGUUGAUGAUCAACCGUCUCAGGGGAGCUUUAGACGAAUUCUUUUAGCGAUGCAGCGUUUGAGACGCUUAGUAGGCGAAUUCUUGGCUAUUAUUACUUAUUAGAGCAAGAGAAAUCAUCAUGUCAGGCCGGCCUGACCGGGAGAGCCGUCCGGCCGAGCCCUUUUGGUGACCUUCCCGGUGAAUUUUUUUGAUGAAUUUUUUUGAGCAUGUUCCUCAUUAAGUCUAGUUUGUCAUAACUUCAUACCACAUUUCAGCUCAAAAUUCGAUCGGGAAGACAUUCAAAUCUUUUUUUGAAGUUGACUACGUUUUUAUAUGUAUAUAUUGUUGACGCAGUCAACUUCAAAAAAUGAUUUGAAUGCCUUCCCGAUUGAAUUUUUAGCUGAUAUUUGGUAUGAAUAAACUAGAAUUGAUGAAACAUAUGCCAAAAAAAAAAUUCAUCAAAAAAUUUUACCGGGAAGGUGCCCAAACGGGCUCGGCCAGACGGAGGUUCUCGUCAGGCCGGCCUGACAAGAAGAGUUCUCAUUAGAGCAAUGCUAAAAAUGAACUGAUGGAAGAACUGAACUAAUCUCCAUGUUGGCCUUAAUAUUAUACUACCUCCAUACUCUUUUAAUUGCAACAUUAGACUUUUU